GAGGAGCUGUGGGAUGCUGCUGCUGAACACACCCUUCACAUUUUGCUGUCGUUUCCACAUCAGCUUAAGCGGCGACGAGGAGCCGGAGAAGAGUAACGCUUCCCCCAAAUAUGUGGCGUAGUAGCGGCUGAGCGUCUUGCUUCAGGUGACUGUGAGCGUGGAGCUGUGGCGGUGAGACAGCUGUGGCCACCGCAGCAGCGCCACCAGCCCAGCAGAGAUAACACCGCGUUUAUCAUCAUCACCGUUAAUGCCACGGUCCCGGUCUGCUGCUCUGUGGUACCUAGCUUCUGCAGUUAGCAUGCUGUGAUGCCAUUUCCAGCAUAUGUAGCAUCCCUAGCUCACCACCGCCUCCCAUCACUGCAGGGCUAGCACCGCCACGGAGGGAGAAGCUGCCACAAAUCCAGCUUUACAGACGUCUGGAGGCCCUCACUGUGCCUUCAUGCGUGUUGUCAUGUGUUGAAGGUAGCUGUGAUGGCAGGGUCAAAGAUGUCUCUGCCGCUGGCUGCAGUGGUGCUCCUCUAUGUGCUGCUGGCAGGACCGACCCAUGCCGGGCCUGAGAUGGACCCAUACAAGAUCCUGGGAGUGACCAGGAGUGCGAGCCAGGCAGAGAUCAAGAAGGUCUACAAGCGUCUCGCGAAAGAGUGGCAUCCCGACAAAAACAAAAAUCCAGGCGCUGAAGACAUGUUCAUCAAGAUCACUAAAUCUUAUGAGAUCCUGUCCAGUGAGGACAAACGUGCCAACUUCGACCGUUACGGACAGACUGACGAUACACAGCCGUAUGGCAAUAACCGCUACGGCCAUCGCCAUGACAGCUUUUACUUCGACGAGUCCUUCUUCAACUUUCCCUUCAACAGCAAGAAUCACAGAGACUUUGCCGACAGCAAGUACACGCUGCACUUUAACCAGUAUGUCAACGACGUGGUGCCAGAGAGCUACAAGCGGCCGUACCUGAUAAAGAUCACCUCUGACUGGUGCUUCAGCUGCAUCCACAUCGAGCCUGUGUGGAAGGAGGUGGUGCAGGAGAUGGAGAGUCUAGGUGUUGGGAUCGGCGUGGUGGAUGUUGGCUAUGAGCGACGCUUAGCUAAUCACCUCGGCGCUCACCGCACCCCGUCAAUUCUUGGAGUCAUCAAUGGAAAAGUGACGUUUUUCCAUUAUGCUGUUGCGAAGGAGCACCUGAGACAGUUUGUAGAAGACCUUCUUCCUCAGAGACUGGUGGAGCGGGUGACUGACAAGAAUGACCUGCAGUUCUUGAACAGUUGGCACGAGCUCAACAAGCCGCAUGUUCUCCUGUUUGACCAAGUGCCUGCAGUUCCUCUGCUGUACAAACUGACAGCUUUUGCUUAUAAGGACUACUUGCAGUUUGGCUAUGUGGACCAGGGCCUUUCAGAGACUGCCAAUCUGCAGAAACAGUUUAAUAUUAACACGUAUGCUCCAACCAUGCUGGUCUUCAAAGAGAACAUUGACAAGCCGGCAGACAUUAUACAGGCUAAAGGAAUGAAGAAGCAAAUUAUUGAUGAGUUCAUGGCGAACAAUAAAUUUCUGCUCGCGCCGCGGCUGGUCAAUCAGAAGCUCUUUGACGAGCUGUGUCCUGUCAAACAGUUUCACAGACGUAGGAAAUAUUGUGUCCUGCUGAUCACAGGGGAUGAAGAGACCUUCUCGUUUGGGAACCAGGCGUUUCUUUCAUUUGCGUCCACCAACGCUAAGGAGGUUGUGAGGUUUGCCUAUGUGUAUCAACGACUGCAGCAGCCACUUUGUGAUAUCCUCAUGCAGAACAAGGACAGUGCACAAUCACCACCUCAGGUUGUGAUCCUUGAGCGGCGUAACGCUGCCGGGAAAGCGUUGUUCAAGCCCGUUACCGCCUGGAACGGCAGCGAGGAAGACAAGCAGCGUCUCCUGGAGGAGCUGGAGCGUCUUCAGAAGGACCCGUCCAUCCUCGUCCACGACGCCAUGCUGCCCGAACUCAACAACGAGUUUGCGUCUAUGUUUGUAAUCCGAUGGAUCUAUGCAUCUUAUGAUUACCUCUCUGAAGUCAUUGAUGAUAUUCUACAUAACAACUGGCGUGAGAUGAUGCCUCUUCUGUCCCUCAUCUUCUCUGCUCUGUUCAUCCUGUUUGGAACUGUGGUGAUCCAGGCGUUUAGCGAUUCAAGUGAAGACAAACAGACAAAACCAAAAGCAAAAGAUGGAACGAAAGCAGAAAAUGGCUCGUCGGGUUCUGGCGGUACUUCAAGUCGGCCUCCCAAGAAGAACUUUGUGGAGGUGACGGAGCUGACAGACAUCACCUACAUGAGCAACCUGGUGAAGCUGAGGCCUGGACACAUGAACAUAGUGCUGGUCCUCACCGACGCCUCCAAGAACAUCCUCCUCAGCAAGUUUGCCAAAGAGGUCUAUUCCUUUACAGGGAGCCUGACGCUGCAUUUCUCCUUCCUGAAUAUUGACAAGCACAGCGAGUGGAUGAGCACUCUGCUGGAGUACGCCCAGGACACCAUGCAGAUUGAUGCCGAUGAGGACGACGGGGGAAACCGCAAGAUAGACUACACCGGCUAUGUGCUGGCACUCAACGGCCACAAGAAGUACCUGUGUCUGUUUAAGCCCGUCUACACCGGGGAAGACGUUGACAGCAAGUCGUCUGAGGAUGAAGGGGGCACCUCAGGAGGCAGGUCCAGGUCCAGCUCCCGCGACGACCACCCACCACGCAAAUCCAAUCGAUCCCGCAGCAUAUCCACCCUGCAGAUCCACCACAAACUUGACCGCCUGGGGUUGUGGAUGGAAAGGCUGAUGGAGGGCACGUUGCCUCGUUACUACAUCCCAGCCUGGCCAGGACUGGACAAGAUCACCCCGGUUAAAUAGGAACAGGGGGAAGGACUUAGUGUUUAUCUACUGUCACAUUACAAUGGCUUCAUCCAUCAUGGACAUUAAGUUAUAGCUGCCUUUUUUUGCACUUAUUUCAUCGGCACAGAUGUGGUUUUAGUUGGGUCAGUUUUCCAAACGUGGCUGUAACCCAGCGACUGUGGGGCAGGUCCUUUAGCUUACCUCUUACGUUCAUGGCAUGCUGUUUCAAACUGCUGUUACUCAUUUUUUUAUUUAUGCUGCUGAAGAGCCUUGUGAAGAGAAGAAAAAUCACUGUGGCCGCCUGUACUCUCCUGCUUUUAUGGCCAUCAGUCAGACAGGAAGUAAACCUUUUUUAGUUUAUGAUCUGUACUUUGUAAGACGUGCUGCCAAACCGCAUUGGAACCCCAAAACAUGAGAUCCAAAAAGCCACCCUUGGACAGCAGAAUGAAACGACACGAGGAGAUUUUCGAUUAGAUGGGUUUGGAAACAGUGGUGCACGUUUUCAGACUCUCUUUCUGGGGAAGACGUUUGUCGUGUCGCCCUCAGCUGUGCGUAUGAUAGCGGUGAAACAAACUGCAUAAAGAGAGCCAGAGAGAGUGUUUGGCCUCUUUACAGCUGGCCCGUUUUGAUGAGAAACGGUUGUGAAUGCUGGAUUGUCAGUUUCAGAAAGCUGCAGAAACGGUCGACGGGGGGUUUCCGAAGCAACUCAAGGAUCCAACAAGCAGCUUGGACGGAUUCUAAAGCCUUCAUUGAUGAAUACUGUGAAUAGAGAUGCAUGGAAGUAACAUUAAAUGUCUUUGCCUUUUUUUGUGCAUCUCAACUCAGUUUAUUGUUAUAAACUGUCUCCUAAAUGCCGACUCUAUUGUGCGAUAUGGCAUCCUGUUGUUAUGACGAUGGCUUCCACCCUGGACCUGGAGGCCUGUGAGUUGCGAUUGAGAAAUGCUGAGGCGGCAUCUACUAAAGGUUAAAACUGUACCCGAUGCUCAUUCUGCUCCUGCCACCUCCGACGUGCAGCGGUACACUGCUCCCAGGGUUCACGCCACAUUUGAAACGCUCACUGGAAGUCUUGUUAUCUAAGUCGAGCACAAUCUGCAUCACGUGCUGAACCUCCUUCACUGUGUCAGAACGGCUUCAGCUUGACGUUCAUCUGAGCGAGAAGAAAGAAGUCCCUCUGGGUCUCCUGCCACAGUGAAGGUAGCUUGUGAUGAAUACUCUUCUUUAGGACAUUUCUGCAGAACUCUGACGUUGAACACUGUUGGCUCCCACACUGAGGGCUGCUUGUUGGUCUCAGGGUCACAGACUCAACCCUCAUCACUUGACAUAACGGUCGGGUCGGUUUCACACAGAGUUUGAAGUUUCCUCUCUCAGGACUUCCAGAGAACGUUGUAAAUGAGGCAGAGCGUUUGGAGCAGUGUUUAAAUCAGGUGUAGCUACGGGUGCAGUCUGGAAGCCUGUGGAUCACAACUCAUCGUCCGUGUUCUCCUGUCGUUGCAUUGAAAGAACAAUAUUUAGUUAGUUAAAUGGAAUCUGUUGGGGUUGUGUUUUAAAACGUACUUCACCAUAAACAGGAGUUCUUUCGUAGCUCGGGUCUGUUCAGAAACCUUGGUUAGCCAGUAGCUCUGUGUAGCACACAUCAUAAACAGGUCGUCCCAUCUCAUCUCCUGAAUGUUUUCCAACCGACCGGUUUGUCGUCUUGACUUUUGUUGCCACCCGACAGUGGAGCUCUGUGUAUGCUUGCUUGGUUAAUUAAUUAGUUUUAUUUAUCUUGAGCAUAAUAAUGCCACUGGUAUAAUUUAAUUGGUACUAAGUGAUGUAAAUAUUGCACAUAAUCAUGUUAUCUAUAGGACCUGUAAUUUGAAGAGUAUGUCUUUAGAAAGAUAAGGUAAUUGUUAUACAUUAUCGAAAAACUACUUUUUGUUUUUUCCUUUUUUUUUUUUUUUUCAUUGGUGUAAAAAUGCCGUCUGCUUCUGUAUGAUGUUUGAGUUGGUCUCCAGUAGUGCCGUUAUCUUCUUGUUGGUUGUAAUAAAACACUUUAUGUUUAUUAAUUACACA